UGUCUUCCAGUUAGGAUGGUGUCAGAAAUCUUUCAGGGACAGAGAUGAGAUUUUAAUUUUUUUUUUUUUUUUUUUUUUUUCGUGGCUUGUGCAUGUAUCCGUGUUUGGAGGGAGGACUUCUGGAGACUCCUGCAGAGAGAGAACAAAGUUGUUACAUCUGCAUUUCUGGCUCAGCUACUGAGCAGUGGCAGAGCCUGUCAGCUUGUGGUGGGAAACUGUGUGUCAGAUGGUGUAUCCUCUCUUGCCUCCUGAAAGAAAAAUACAUUUAUUUUCAGUUUAAACGGCUACAAAAUUUUUAGACAUACAGAAUGGCUUCAGAGAGGAUUUGGUUUUUGGAGCCAUGGUCCCUUCAUGUCAGUGUCAGCUGCCUGUCUUUACAGUGUGCUGUGCCACUGCAUUCUGCAAUGUCAGCAGCAAAAAAGUAGUGAUCAGGAGGACUGUCUGCAAAGGAGCAAUUACCAGGACUCCCAAGCACUUCAUCAGAAUUAAUUUAAACAUCUGAGGAUGGCAGACCAAGUAGUCCAUCCCAUAAUAUUGUCUCACUUGAAUUUGUAGGAUGUGCAGGAAAAGAGAAAACCCUGGGUUUUUUUAGUCUAUGCCUUUAAAGUACUCAUAACUGCAAUACUAUAGAUAUGACUCUUCUGCAUAGCAAGCUGGUUACUCAUAGCUACAGUGCUGUAGAUAUGACUCUCCUGCAUAGAAAUGAGCUAAAGAGGCAGCAUAAACCAAAAGCUUUGUGAAAUAUUCAUCAUCAGUAACAAACCUCAUUUUCCAUGGUAGGAUAUUAUCACAGUGAUUCCGAUAUAAUAUAUAUGUGCUGUUUUCUUUUUAAACAGAUCAAUAUUGGGAAGUCAGUAAUACUGAGCCAAGAUGAACUCUAAAUAUAGAUUGGAAGUGACAGUCUGUUUCGUAGCUGUCUUCAUGGGUCCCGCAGGAGCUGACAGUUUCCUAUAGGUCUAAAAGUAGAGAGAGGAGUUUUCUUCGGGUGAUUUUCACUGGCUGAUUUCUUCCAUGCUGGCAUUUGUGUUAUACAAUGGAGAGGCCUUCCUUGGAAAUUAACCUUCCUGAUACUCACGAAGAAGGAAAGCUUUAUGUUGUUGAUUCCUUAAACAACCUAAACAAACUAAAUGUUUGUCCAGAUGAAUCCCAACAUGCACAAGAUGAGGAAGAGAACACUGGUGGUACUGGAGAAGACACAACAGGGAGCAAUGGAAGAAACCAGCGUUUGUUCUUCACCACUUUUAUUCUUACUUUGAUCAUCAGUUUGGCACUUGUUUCAUUCGUAAUAUUCUUAAUAAUUCAAACUAGAAACAAGAUGGACCAAAUAUCAAGCAGACUAACGUAUGAAAAGAAGAACAUAGAAGAGCUUAAGAAAAUGAACAAUAUGAUAUUAAAGCAUCUUCGUCAACCAGGAAUUAAGGAAAAGGGGAAAUACCUCUUCACACAGCCUCCUGAUCUUCACGAGAACCUCUUUACCCGUGCUGAGCUGAAAAUCCCUGGAGAAUAGACCUUCUUUGGAAAGAAAUUCAGCUUAUUGAUGCACUUAUGUUUUCACAUAUGGUACACAGGUUAUGUAAACAUUCUGAUAUGGUCACAGGAACAUUGGAAAAUCCAGCUGAAUAAAGGAUAUUAGAAAAUUAUAUUUUAUCCUGUUUUGUGUAUAUAGAUUUUGAAAAUCAAGCCCAUAUGAUUUACAGUAAACAAUGGAUUGUCAGCAAUUUUGGGCAAGAGUUUCAGAUUUUCUGUGCAUUGUAAGUUGCAGGGCUAGGGGCUUACUUUUACUUUAAAUGUAAGUGAAUAAUCACAGAAAAUAGUGAUUUCUAUUCACAUGAUUCCAGCAUGACCUUGUUCACUUAGUCAUUGUCCUGUUUCUUUGGAACAAGUUUUGUGCUUGCUUCUGUAUUAUUUUUACUUUAAGAUAACUUCAGAUUCCGUAACUUAUAAAUAAAUCCAGUUCUACCAUGGA